AGCGUCAUUCUUUCUGAUGUAGAGCGGACGGCGGCCUUUUUCUUUCUGGACUACGUUUCCUACAUUUCUUACCUCUCCAGUUCCAGUAUUUCUACGCCUAUCUUCAUCAACCAUGAUACCAAAGUCGCCGUUUCUCCCCGUUUGCCUGCUGCUUCUCGCCUCUGUCGGCUGCCGGGUUUCAGCGGACGGUUUGGUGAAUGAGGAUGUAAAGAGGACAGUGGAUCUGAGCACUCAUCUUGCUAAGAUUACUGCGGAGAUCGUGCUGUCCAACCAGGGACACUCCGCCGUUCACAGCUUUAUAUUAGGGGUAGAUGCUGACCUGGUACCGCACCUGGCAUACAUCGGAGCUUCGGUGAAGGGUGAUGAAGAGGAGGAUGGCACACUUGAACUCCAGCAGACAACCAUGCAGGGCCACAGUGGGGAGUUCUACAAAGUGCAGCUGCUCUCUAGUCUGGCCGCAGGUGCUCAGCUCAAAGCAAAAGUGGAUAUGACAUUUAGCCAUGUCCUGAAGCCCUUCCCCACACACGUCACCCAGGCCGAGCGUCAGCAGGUGAUCUUCCAGGGGAAUCACUACCUGUACUCCCCGUACCCCACCCGCAGCCAGACCACACGUGUCCGCUUGGCCUCAAAGAAUGUGGAGAGCUACACCAAGCUGGGCAACCCUAGUAAGACUGAUGAGGUUAUUGAGUAUGGACCAUUCAGAGACGUUGCUCCAUUCAGUGAGGAUACAAUGAAGAUCCACUAUGAAAACAACGCUCCCUUCCUCACCAUCACCAGCAUCACUCGCACCAUUGAAGUAUCUCACUGGGGAAACAUUGCUGUGGAGGAAACCAUCGACUUGAGGCACUCAGGAGCCAUUCUGAAGGGCCCAUUUUCACGCUAUGAUUACCAGCGUCAGUCAGACAGCGGCAUCUCAUCUGUCAAGUCCUUCAAGACCAUCCUUCCUGCCUCGGCUCAAGAUGUCUACUACAGGGAUGAGAUUGGCAACAUCUCCACCUCCCAUCUACAGGUUCUGGAUGACUCUGUGGAGGUUGAGGUCAGGCCUCGUUUUCCCUUGUUUGGAGGCUGGAAGACCCACUACAUCAUAGGCUACAAUCUCCCAAGCUACGAGUAUCUUUACACCUUGGGUGACCAAUAUGCACUGAAAAUGAGACUAGUCGACCAUGUGUAUGAUGACCAGGUCAUUGAUCACAUGACUGUGAAAAUCAUCCUGCCAGAGGGCGCUAGAAACAUCCAUGUAGAAACACCUUACAAAAUUGAUCGCUUGCCAAACCAGUUGCACUACACCUAUCUGGAUACCUUUGGCCGACCAGUGUUGGUGGCUACAAAGAGCAAUCUGGUGGAGCACCACAUUCAGGAUUUUGUGGUUCAUUAUAACUUCAAUAAGAUCCUGAUGCUGCAGGAGCCUCUCUUGGUUGUAGGGGCCUUCUACAUACUUUUCUUCACCGUCAUCAUUUAUGUACGUCUGGACUUUGCCAUCACAAAGGAUCCUGCAGCUGAGGUGAGGAUGAAGGUGGCCUCCAUCACAGAGCAGGUGCUGACUCUGGUCAACAAACGUCUGGGUCUGUACAGACACAUGGACGAGGUGGUCAACCGCUACAAGCAGUCCCGUGACACAGGGGCGCUCAACAGCGGGAGGAAGACUCUGGAGGCCGACCACCGUGCUCUCACCAGUGACAUCAGCUCGCUGCAGGCCCGCCUCAAGGCAGAGGGCUCUGACUUGGCUGAUAAGGUUGGAGAGGUGCAGAAACUGGAUGGACAGGUGAAGGAGCUGGUGUUCCGCUCCUGCCAGGAGGCGGAGCGACUGGUGGCGGGUAAAGUCAAGAAAGAGGCUUACAUUGAGAGUGAGAAGACCCUGACUAGCAAGAGACAGGAGCUGGUCAGCCGCAUCGACAGUCUGCUGGAUGCCCUCUAAACCACCCCUGCCACUGUAACACACACAAACACCCCUGCUGGCAACAUAAACAACUAUUUGUAUGAAAAUUAAUUGAAAUGUGACCUUUUUUUUUCUUUUAAACCAUCCCUGCAUCAAGACAUGGACUGUUAACAUCAUCUUCCAGUAGUGAUGGGUUUAUCCGGAUAUGUGCCUUCGUGCCUGGUGAUAAACUUGUGGUCACUGUGUGCUCAGCUCCAAAGCAGCCACAUCACGAUUUUGGGCUUUUUUUGUUUGUUUCCUUUUCUGUUGCAGCCAGCUCAGACUUUUCAUCUGGACUUUCUUCUUUUUGCUCACCAUGACGUAUGUGUGGUUAAGGGACUGUUUUUGUUUUCUUUUAAUGAAUUACUGAGGGGGCACAAAUGUUUUCAGUUUCAUGUCUUUACUCACAUAUACUGUAUUCUAAAACUGACUCGUUUUCAUUUCUCAGUGUGAAGAUGAUAUCUUCUCCCAUUCUUAUCUCUUAUACACUUUUUUUUUUCUUGGUUUCUACGUGCCCUGGACUGACAUUUAUAUUUGAAGCUCUGAUUCUGCAUCAUGACCAGCGCUUGUUUUUGAUGUUCCUCGGUCAUAUUUUUUACAUUUUGUAUGGUUUAAUUUUGUCGGUGGUGUUUUUGACUGUGAGAUUAAAGACUUAAAGAGAUUAGAUUGUAUGCGAGGAAAGACAUGGAAGAUGUUAAACAAUUUGUGAAAUGAGCAAUGAUGUGGACCAUUGUUAAAUUUGAAAUAAAGUUUUGGAAAACUU